AGAGCGGAGAAGAAAGCUGCUUCAGACGAUCAUGCUGACUUGAUCCAAAAUGGCCAACUCGACCAACAGCAGCUCAGCUCUGACUGACUACUUCCUGGCCGGUGACAUGCUGGACUACGAGGUUCCACUAGGUGAGACCCCGGACACCACGCAGGGCCGAGCCUUCUUCGUGGCCACGAUCAUCAUCGGCGCAGUGCUGGUGGGCAUCAUGCUGGUCUGCGGGGUGGGGAACUGCCUCUUCAUCGCCAGCCUGGCCCGCUACAAGCAGCUCAGAAACCUGACCAACCUGCUCAUUGCCAACCUGGCCGUGUCAGACGUGCUGGUGGCGGUGAUCUGCUGCCCCUUCCUGCUGGACUACUACGUGGUGAAGCAGCUGUCAUGGGACCAUGGCCUGCUGCUCUGCGCCUCCACCAACUACCUGCGCACCGUCUCGCUCUAUGUGUCCACCAAUGCUCUGCUGGCCAUCGCUGUGGACAGGUACAUGGCGAUCCUGCACCCUCUGAGGCCUCGUAUGAAGCAUCAGACGGCAUACUGUGUGAUCCUGACGGUCUGGCUCGUCCCCAUCUUCAUCUCCAUCCCCUCUGCCUACAUGGCCUCAGAGACGACAUACCCGCACCAGGAAGGUCGUGCCCACAAGACCUUCUGCGCUCAGAUAUGGCCCGUGGACCAGCAGGUUUACUACCGUUCUUACUUCCUCCUCAUCUUUGCUCUGCAGUUCGUGGGCCCCGUGUCUGUCAUGGUCAUCUGCUACACCCACAUCUCCAGGGAGCUGUGGUUUAAAGAUGUUCCAGGUUUCCAGACGCAGCAGAUCCGCAAGAGACUCCAGAAGCGCAGAAGGACGGUGGUGGUGCUGAUUCUGGUCCUGAUGGCCUACAUCCUGUGCUGGGCGCCGUAUUACGGCUUCACCCUGGUGCGGGACUUUUACCCCACCCUCAUCUCCAGGGACAGGAACUCCCUGGUGGCCUUCUACAUCAUUGAGUGCAUCGCCAUGAGCAAUGGGAUCAUCAACACUCUCUGCUUUGUGAGCGUCCGAAACAACAGCAAACACCUGAAUAAGUCAGUAAAGUUUCCUCUGAGGCUGGUGAGCUUCGUGGCCACCAAGUCACUGUAUGAAGGGGAGGCACGGACAUCCUCCCUCCGAGUGACGGAGGAGGUCAGCUAA